AUGUAUGGCAUGAAUUUUACCGGCCAGCAUCGUCGAGCAAGGCAUAUUAAUCUGGGCGGCAGAAACGCCACCGCAUCUAGCAAAGACUCGGUUGUUCGUCGCGCACAAUUUGAUCGUGAGCGCCGCGAAAAAGCUCGGAAAGAAGAAAACGCAGCUAUAAAGAUCCAGUCCUUUUAUCGAUCACGUAAAGAAGUUGAGAGCAUUCGCCACGAAAUUGAAACUCAAUGGAACUCUUCAUUUCUGGGAAGCACGGAAUUAGUAAUAAUGUCCCAACCCCAACUCACCAACUGCCUCCUUCAAUUCAACUUCUUUUUCAAAUAUACAUUUUCUGGAUCGUCAACAAACGAGGAACAAGUAAAGUUCAUUCUAAAAAUUCUUAAAAAUAACAUUGACCAGUUUCAAGAAAAACAAAUUGACGCACAUUUAGUAGUCACCCUUAUUGAUACACUAUCAACCGUUUUACGACCAAAGACUAAAAGUAAACAAACAACAAUCAUAGAAAGUGCUCCAAAACCUAUUGACGCAGAUAUCCUUUAUGCCCUUGAAUUACUUCAAGACUUUUCAAGCACAGGACUGCUCCCUACUUGUGGCGCUUACAUCCAAUCUAUUACCGCCAAUCAUAUCACGCUAACAGCCCCAAACCAGUACUAUAAUAAAAACACUAAGGCAAUCACAAUUGUCCGAGACUCGCUAAUAAAAAUUAUCUCACACCAGAUUGAAAGCUAUUCGCAUGCAAUUGAUUUUUUCGCAUCCUUUUUGUCAACACCUGGCCUUCAUGUGUUUUUCACUUCCUCUCAGUUCUUACCUUAUUCCAACGCCCUCAAGACCUUUAUCAACAAAUACUCUGCAUUGGAUCCAUCUAAAGCCCCCGUUAUUUCGCAAGAAAAUCUCGUUUGGCGCCUUGUCAACUUUUAUCAUUUUUUUGGAACUCUUGCAGAUCAAAGCUUAUUUUAUCAAACUCUCAACAUAUUUAUUUCUCCCAUCAAUAUCCAGAUCGAACCUCCCUCUAAAACAACAACUGCAAAACGACUUAAAAAACUGUCGGAAAAUCCUAUAUUUCUACUUUCAACAAAUGAUUUUGUUAUUACAAAAUUGAACGAGCUGACUGGUCGUUCCUUCUUCACCUCGAUAAUGGAUACUUUGCUUGGGUCGCCCGAGUUUAAUCUUCCUCUAUUCUCUUCAAUUGUAACAUCACUUACAUCUCUAUAUCCUAUCAAAAAACAGCAAAUUGUCAUGUUUAUCACUCUCUCCCCACUUGCUGUCAUUCAACAACUUUGGGAAACAAUCAAAUCUACAUCAUUGUGUCAAAUGGUCUUGGAAAAAUCCCCUGACAAAAAUACGCUUGCUAGAAUCUUACUUGAUGAGGAACCGAUGCCCGCUGGCCAGGUAAAUGGUGCACAAACAGUUUCCUUACUAUCCUUAUUUCUUGACCUAUACUCGUAUUGGUUGAUUGUGGCAAACGAUGCCGAAUUCCAUGGCACUUCAACAACACAUGGUCUUCCUAAGCAAAAUGUUAAAGACCUUGCCCAAUUUUUACGCAACAUUUGUUUUUCUCUACUUUGGAAUGCUUCCGAAAUCUCCACAGACCAAAAAUUAAACAGCCUUUUAAAUGUGGCUCCUCUUUCUGUUACUAACAGCUGUGUGCUGGUUAUGCGCCAAAUAUACAUUCGAGACUCCCGAAGACAGUUCUUGCCUAAUGAUUUCUGGCUUAUGAUCAAUAACUUUCAAAUUGAACAUUUUAUAUCCUCUGUGGUCCAAGAAGAAGAACAGCUGCGGCGUGAAAACGAGGCCCGAAAUAUGGAGGUUGACGAUGAGCUUAGCGAUAGUGAUAGCGAUAACGAAGACGAUGUGGAACAGGAGUCUUAUCGUCAAUCUAAAAUCUCAGACUCAAACCCAAGGUCUCUUGGUGGUAUUGUACCUCGUUUGGAAAUUUUAAGACAAGCACCAUUCUUUAUUCCCUUUGACACAAGACUAAAAAUUUUCCAAGAAUUCAUUGAGAAUCUUCGGGCUGAAGAAGCUGCUACCAACCCUCCUACACUUAAUUUCUUUGGCUUAGAGUCUCGCCAAACCGGUGUCAUUCGUCGUGAUUAUUUGCUCGAAGAUGCUUAUACUGCAUUCAAUAAGCUUGGCUCGGAUUUCCGACAACCAAUCGCUGUCCGAUUUUCCAAUGAGUACGGAGUCGAGGCUGGUGUUGGUGCCGGUAUCACAAAAGAGUUUUUGACAAUUAUUAGUAAGACUGCUUUCAAACCAUCACCUGAUAACGAAUACAAUAUGGAAACCAAAGAAGGUCUUUUUGUAUCUAGUGGAGAACAUCUUUUAUUCCCCAAUCCUAUAUUAGGUGUCUCCCGCAAGUACACCAAUCUCGACCAUGAAGAAAAGCUUGAUGCCAACCGCUAUAUGGUGUUCUUGGGAAAGAUUAUUGGGAAAUGUCUUUAUGAAAACAUUUUAGUUGAUGUGGAAUUUGCACCCUUCUUCUUACAAAAAUGGGCGGCUGCUGGUAUGGGAUACCGGAACUCAUUUGAUGAUCUUUACUCAUUUGAUCCAGAACUUUACGAAAAUCUCAUCAAGCUCUACAAUUACCCAGGAAAUGUGGAAGAUCUAAUGCUGGAUUUCUCAAUUAACCAGGAAGUUGGGCAUGGCCUGAAAAGUGUUGUCGAACUUAAACCAAAUGGCGCCAAUAUCCCAGUCACAAAUGCAAACCGCUUAGAAUACAUUCAUGCUGUCGCAAACUACAAGCUAAAUAUUGUGUUGCACCAGCAAACCUCAUUGUUCUUACAGGGUCUUUCAGUCAUUUUGCCACCCCGCUGGUUGUCCAUGUUUAAUGCACGGGAAAUUCAAAUGCUUAUUUCCGGAAGACCUGCUGCCAUUAACAUUGAUGAUCUCAGGAAGAACAGUGUGCUUAUCAAUUUCGAAGAAAAUGAUGAUACCAUCAAGUACUUUUGGGAAGUCGUUGAGGAACUUAGUGAUGAGGACAAAUCCAGGUUCAUCAAGUUUGUCACCUCGGUGCCAAAAGCUCCACUCUUGGGUUUCGAAGCUCUCAACCCUCAUUUUGCAAUUCGAAACGCUGGUCCUGACGAACAGCGGCUUCCCACUUCAUCAACAUGCAUCAAUCUGAUUAAAUUACCUGCUUAUAAAAGCAAAAAAAUUCUCAGAGAAAAAAUUUUAAAUUCUAUUCAUGCAGAUGCAGGCUUUGAAUUGUCGUGA